ACACUGUAUAAGUAGAUGCGUGCAUGCGGGUGGCAUCUCAUAUCCCAACCAACCAUCUCUCUAUACAUCUCGUCUACAAUCACACAACGCAACGCUAACACACAAUUCGCAACACACAUACUGCUAGCGCUGCAUAUACAUCGUCGUCGUUGCUGUAGCAAUGGGUCGACACCACCACGACGACAAGCACAACAAGUCCGAGCAGGCCGCCGGCGAUUGGCGCAAGGAGGAGAAGCACCACAAGCACAUGGAGCAGCUGGCCCAGCUCGGCGCCGCUGCCGCGGGAGCAUACGCCGUGCACGAGAAGCACAAGGCCAAGAAAGACCCCGAGCACGCACGGUCGCACAGGAUCAAGGAAGAGAUCGCAGCCAGGGUUAAAAAUUUCGGCGAAAUUUCGCUGAAAUUUCGCGAAUUUCGCCACCAUCGCCGCCGGCAGUGCGGGGUUCGCCAUCCACGAGCACCAUAAGAGGAAAGAGGCCAAGAAGCACGGACACCACCACCACCAUUAGUCGCUAUCGUCAUUAUAUUACCUGCUGUGAUGGCUAGCUCUCAAUAUCCAUUUCACAUCAUAUAUAAUCCGUACCAUAAUAUAUAUGAGCUACAUAUGCAUGUAUGUCUGUUUUUUU